AUGGUAAAGCUCUCAAAGGCUGGUAAAAAUCAAGGUGACCCGAAGAAAAUGGCACCUCCCCCAAAGGAGGUAGAAGAAAGUGAUGAUGAGGAAAUGUCAGAUGAUGAAGAAGACGACAGCAGUGGAGAAGAGGUUGUCAUCCCUCAGAAAAAAAAUAAGAAAGCUGUUAUGACUCCAGCAAAAAAAGUAAUGGCUUCUCCAACCAAAAAGGUGGCAAUUGCCACACCUGCCAAGAAGGCAGUUGUCACCCCAGGGAAGAAAGUGGUGGCCAAGAAGACAGUGACUCCCUCCAAGGCAGUUGCAGUGUCUGGCAAGAAGGGAGCCAUACCAGGUAAAGCUGUUGUCGCUGCCCCAGGUAAAAAGGGCACUGCUGCCACAGCCAAGGGGGCAAAGAAUGGCAAAAAUGCCAAGAAGGAAGACAGUGAUGAGGAUGAGGAAGACGACAGUGAGGAGGAAGACGAGGAUGAGGAGGAUGAGGAUGAAGAUGAAGAAUUUGAGCCAAAAGUAAUGAAAGCAGUGGCUCCAGCCCCCUCUUCAGAGGAUGAAGAUGAGGAGGAUGAGGAGGAGGAGGAGGAGGACUCUGAGGAAGAAGCCAUGGAAACAACACCGGCCAAAGGGAAAAAAGCACCUGCAAAAGCUGCCCCUGUCAAAGCCAAGAGUGUGGCUGAGGAGGAGGAGGACGAGGAUGAGGAUGAAGACGAUGAGGAUGAAGAUGAGGAGGAGGAGGACGACGAAGAUGAGGAUGACGAGGAGGAGGAGGAAGAGCCCGUCAAAGAAGCACCUGGCAAAUGAAAGAAGGAAAUGGCAAAACAGAAGGCAGUUCCUGAAGCCAAGAAACCAAGAACGGAAGGCACAGAACCCACUACAGCGUUCAAUCUCUUCGUUGGAAAUCUGAAUUCUAACAAAUCUACUCCUGAACUAAAAACUGGUAUUAGUGAAGCUUUUGCUAAAAAUGAUCUCACUACUGUGGAUGUCAGAAUUGGUACAAAUAGGAAGUUUGGCUAUGUAGACUUUGAAUCUGCUGAAGACCUGGAAAAGGCCUUGGAACUCACCGGUUUAAAAGUCUUUGGCAGUGAAAUUAAAUUAGAGAAGCCCAAAGGAAAAGACAGCAAGAAAGAUCGAGAUGCAAGAACACUUUUGGCCAAAAAUCUCCCUUACAAAGUCACUCAGGAUGAAUUAAAAGAAGUGUUUGAAGAUGCCGUAGAGGUCAGACUAGUCAGCAAGGAUGGGAAGAGCAAAGGGAUUGCUUAUAUUGAAUUUAAGACAGAAGCUGAUGCAGAGAAAACUUUUGAAGAAAAGCAAGGAACAGAGAUAGAUGGGAGAUCUGUUUCCCUCUACUACACUGGGGAGAAAGGUCAAAAUCAAGACUACAGAGGUGGCAAGAACAGCACCUGGAGCGGCGAAUCCAAAACUCUGUAUUUAAGCAACCUUUCGUACAGUGCAACAGAAGAAACUCUUCAGGAAGUAUUUGAGAAGGCAACUUUGAUCAAAGUGCCCCAGAACCAAAAUGGCAAAUCUAAAGGGUACGCCUUCAUAGAAUUUGCUUCAUUUGAAGACGCGAAAGAAGCUUUGAACUCUUGCAAUAAAAGGGAAAUUGAGGGCAGAACGAUCAGACUGGAGCUGCAAGGACCUAGGGGGUCACCUAAUGCAAGAAGCCAGCCAUCUAAAACCUUGUUCGUCAAGGGUUUGUCUGAGGAAACAACUGAAGAGAUCUUGACGGAAUCAUUUGAUGGCUCCAUUGGAGCAAGGAUUGUCACCAACCAGGAAACUGGCUCCUCCAAGGGGUUUGGUUUUGUGGACUUCAAUACUGAGGAAGAUGCCAAGGCUGCCAAAGAGGCCAUGGAAGAUGGUGAAAUUGAUGGAAACAAAGUCACCUUGGACUGGGUCAAACCUAAGGGCAAAGGUGGCUUUGGGGGCCGUGGAGAUGGCUGAGGCGGCUUCGGGGGCCGGAGUGGCGGCAGAGGUGGCCGAGGUGGAUUCGGAGGCAGAGGCCGGAGAGGCUUUGGAGGGCAAGGUGGCUUCCGAGGAGACCGGGGAGGAGGUGGAGACCACAAGCCACAAGGAAAGAAGACGAAGUUUGAAUAGUCCCUUCUGUCCCUGUUUAUACCUGUUUGUUGGAAAGAAAGGACUCUGGGGUUUUACCCUGUUACCUGUCGAUGACAGAGCCUUCUGAGGACAUUCCAGGUGGUGUGCAUCCUGUGGUCUGCUUGGGAGUGUAGCGAUCACACUUCAGGAGAGGUGUACUUGACAUACCCUGUUGGU